AAGGCGCGCGCACGCGAGGGCCCGCGGGACGAGGUGAUGUCCACGGGCUCGGUGAGUGACCCCGAAGAGAUGGAGCUGCGGGGGCUGCCGCGGGUGUACCCGAUCUCCACGUCCAAGAGGCCGCCUCUGAGCCGCCCCGAGCGCGGUUACGCAUCUCCCAGUGACAAUUCCUCGGCGGAGGAGGAGGACCCUGACGGCGAAGAGGAGCGGUGCGCCCUGGGCGCGCCGGGCCACGCGGGAGGCUGCCAGAGGAAGCGGCCACGUGUGGCUGGGGGCAGCGGCGGCAGCACGGGUGGCAGUGCCGGCGGCCACGGUAAAAAGUGUCUCCCGCCCAAGGGCUCAGCCGCGGAGUGCAAGCAGUCGCAACGGAAUGCGGCCAACGCCCGCGAGCGCGCCCGGAUGCGAGUGCUGAGCAAAGCUUUCUCCAGGCUCAAGACCAGCCUGCCCUGGGUGCCCCCCGACACCAAGCUCUCCAAACUGGACACGCUCAGGCUGGCUUCCAGCUACAUCGCGCACCUGCGGCAGCUGCUGCAGGAGGAUCGCUACGAAAACGGCUACGUGCACCCGGUGAACCUGACGUGGCCAUUUGUGGUCUCUGGACGACCCGAUUCUGACACCAAAGAAGUUUCUGCAGCCAACCGAUUAUGUGGAACCACGGCUUAGAUGGGACUCGAACUCACGUGGUGGGAUUUGUAAAAUGCGAAUGUCUGAGGCCAAAGAGAGAAGGGAGAGCCCGCGAGAGCGCCAGAGGAUGAGCACCUGUUCCUGAGGUUCUCUGGUAACCUCUCCCUGGCGGCUUCCCCGGGAACUGUGAAAGCCCGCGGUGCCUGGGGCGGCAGUCCCCUUCCCGCACCAUCGCUAGGGCUGCGGAGUCUGACAG